CCAUCAGCUGGGUGCAUUACACAAGCAGCCGCUAUAUAAAAAAAAAAACGUUUUUGUUUUCGCACCAUUUAUUUCAAUUAAAACUCCAGCAUGCCUUUCAUGAAGGGACGCGAGCCGAUCCGGCGCACCCUCAAGUACCUGAAUGCCGGCAAAUUGGUGCUCAAGGACAAGGUGCGCAUCUUCAGCGUGAACUACAACACAUACGGCGAUCAUCAUGCGGGCGCCAGGGACUUUGUGUUCUGGAACAUACCACAGGUGCAGUUCAAGAAUCCCGAGGUGCAGGUGCUCACCAUGAAGAACAUGACGCCGUCGCCGUUUGUGCGCUGCUACUUUGACGAUGGCCGCGACAUGCUCAUCGACAUUGAUAGCCGCGAUAGAGACCAAAUCAUCGACCAUCUCGUGCAAGUGGUGGGCAAGACGCGCGAACAACUGGAUGCGGAGGCCCGCCUGAAGGAGAGUAAGGACAAUCCGGCCAAUUUCGGCUACGGCUGCGACCGGCACUGCAUCUGCGAGAUUCCCGGACAGAUACCCUGCCCCGGCACCGUGCCACUGCCCGAACAGAUGCGCGGCAAAUUCAAGUUCGCUCCCAAGUAAUGCUCACUUUUGUGUUUCCUUUCAUACUGGGUGUGUCUUUAUCUCUUAAAUAAAUUAAUUGUAAAGUAAA